GGCGGCGCAGCCGCAGCCGCAGCGCUGGUGGAGGGGCGCGCGUCCGCCUGCCGUGGAAGGUGGGAAGGCAGCCGGCGAGGAAGGCGGGCGGGCCGUCGGACGUACUGGGGUCGAGAACUGAAGCAGUUGAGGCAGCCGACGGAGCCCGGCAGCCUCCUCCUCGCGCUGUGUUUGCUGCGCGGGCUCUUGAAGGAGGGGGUGGCAGCUGAGUCGGCCGGGCAGAAGCGGACGCCGGCGGGGUCGGUGCUGGCGCCUGGGGGCGGGGGACCGGAGAGGCGAGAAGGGGGGUCGCUGCGGCGGUGCGCUGCCCGGCGUGUCCUCCUCGCCCCUCUCCCGGCUCGGCGGGCCCGGGGCCCCGCUGCCCGCCCCCCCAACCCCCCCGCGGUAUGUCUUGAUCCCGAGCGGCGGGUUUCAUGGGGCUCCUCAGGAUUAUGAUGCCGCCCAAGUUGCAGCUGCUGGCGGUGGUGGCCUUCGUGGUGGCGAUGCUCUUCCUGGAGAACCAGAUCCAGAAACUGGAGGAGUCCCAGUCGAAGCUAGAACGGGCAAUUGCAAGACAUGAAGUCCGAGAAAUUGAGCAGCGACAUACAAUGGAUGGACCUCGACAAGAUAUAGUGUUAGAUGAAGAAGAUGACAUGGUGAUCAUUUAUAACAGAGUUCCCAAAACCGCUAGCACCUCAUUUACCAAUAUCGCAUAUGACCUGUGUGCAAAGAAUAAAUACCAUGUUCUUCACAUCAACACUACAAAAAAUAAUCCAGUGAUGUCAUUGCAAGAUCAGGUGCGCUUUGUAAAGAAUAUAACUUCGUGGAAAGAGAUGAAACCAGGCUUUUAUCAUGGACAUAUUUCUUACUUGGAUUUUGCAAAAUUCGGUGUGAAGAAGAAGCCAAUUUACAUUAAUGUCAUAAGGGAUCCUAUUGAGAGACUAGUUUCAUACUAUUACUUUCUGAGAUUUGGCGAUGACUAUAGGCCAGGAUUAAGGAGAAGAAAACAAGGAGACAAAAAGACCUUUGAUGAAUGUGUGGCUGAGGGUGGCUCUGACUGUGCUCCGGAGAAGCUCUGGCUGCAAAUCCCAUUCUUCUGUGGCCACAGUUCGGAAUGCUGGAAUGUGGGGAGCAGGUGGGCUAUGGAUCAAGCCAAGUAUAACUUAAUUAAUGAAUACUUCCUGGUGGGAGUUACUGAAGAGCUUGAAGAUUUUAUCAUGUUGCUGGAGGCAGCUUUGCCCCGGUUUUUCAGGGGUGCAACAGAACUCUAUCGUACAGUAGGAAAGAAAUCUCAUCUUAGGAAAACCACAGAGAAGAAACUCCCCACUAAACAAACCAUUGCAAAACUGCAGCAAUCUGACAUUUGGAAAAUGGAGAACGAGUUCUAUGAAUUUGCACUAGAGCAGUUCCAGUUCAUCAGAGCCCAUGCUGUGCGAGAAAAAGAUGGAGACCUCUACAUCCUCGCACAGAACUUUUUCUAUGAAAAGAUUUACCCUAAAUCAAACUGAGGAUAGGUGUGGCUGUAAGAUUUUUGAACUAGAAUGUUGAUGCUAUCUUGACUUCACCCUCAGCUUCUUUACCACCUGAAUUCCUGUUAGAAGGAUAAAACAGUUGUUUUAAGUUGUGUUAGGAAACAGUAUCAUCAAAGAUUGCAUACUGGCCAGGUAUGCCAGUGCUGUAUGAAAUGUAAGUUUCAGGCAUUUUUUUUUUCUGUUAAAAAUUUUGGUCAUAGUUUUAACCUCCUAUUUGGAUGGAGGAGGUGUUUACAUCACUUGAAAUAAACAUGACAUAGGGUCUAAUCAGAAGUCGAAAUACAGUUUUAGGGAUAGUUCUGGUAUUUUGCUUUUGACAAAUCCUUUUUUAAGCUAACCAUGAAUGAAGAUGAGUCCAUUGGCCAUUUCUGUCCAUUGGCCAUUUCCACUCUCACUGGAGGUCUGAGUUCUACACCUCUGCUGAAUAGUGGCAGUGUGUGAUUUGUUCGAAUUUGUGUCAGUCAUGUCUCAUGAAACUUACUACAAUGUUGGAUCAUGUUUACUAAGAAAUUUUUCUGCUGUAGUUGGAUUUGCCCAUAUUUAUGUAGAUGGUUUUUUAUGAUCAUUAGUGUUUAAAAUCAAGUUAAACCAUGAAUAUAUAAAAAUAUAAAAAAUAUAAAGAGUUGAAACAGUAUUUCUCAUUUCUGUCUCCCCACUGUCUAAUAUUGGGAAGAUAUUGCUAAGAAUGAUGGCAUUAUGUGAGGUUCUAAUUAAGACCUUUUCGCAUUACUAUCAAAAAAGUAAGUUUCAUAUUUGUUUUUCCAUAGGUGAUUUGUAAAGCAGUAGACUGAGCUAUCAGUCCAUAUUAUGACUCCAUUAGUGAGCUGUGGUAUGGGUAGGGUUUUCCUACUUCUGUACUUUUACCUGUAGACUAUUUUUAACUAAGGUGCUUUAUAAUGUGUUUUAAAGCAUUGCAUUUACAAACAAAAAAAAAGAGAAACUGCUGUAAAUAUUGCAUAUUUUAUGUAUUUGGACCAAAAGGUUUAAGUAAUUAGACAAAAGUGGUUUUCCACCCAUUUUAUUAUGUCGACAGAGUCAUCAGACCCGCUGUUCUUGCAUUUCUUAUUUAACUUUAUGGUUAAGACGUCACUGAAAUGACCUUUAGUAACUUUACAAGUUUUAGAGUACAUUGUUCAUAAUUCGAGGCAGUAGCUACAGUGGAAAGAGUACGCAACAAGAGUGAAAACACAUUGAUUUCUGGUUCUGUCUCUGUACCUUUCAGCUGUGUGAUCUUGGACAAGUACUUAACCUCUCUUUGCCCCAAUUUACUCACCUUGAAAUAAGAAUAAUAAUACCUGCUGCACCUACCUCACAGGGCUGUUGUGAGGACUAAGAUGGCAUGUGAAAGCACUUUGAAAACUUUAAAGUGGUAAAUAAAUGUAAGGUAUUAUUAUGAAACCAUCUUUAACAUAUAGUUUCAUAGCAUUCAUUUUUUAACUGUUAAAAGGAAGAAGUCUGCUUUUAAGCUUUGUGACAAAAAAGUUUAUCUUGAUAUAAAUGUGUUUUAUAAAUAUCCUCUCAAGUGUUUUAUCUUCAGUGUUUCAACAACUAUUGAAAUAUGAAACACCUGUGAACUCUCAAAGAUUCAAGCAGCUGCUUGAGUUCAGGAGGUUCCCUGGAAACAGACUUCAUUAGCUGAGUAGGAGCAGAAAAUCCUUAUUCACAUUUGAAAGAUGUGUUUUGAUUUUACUUUAUAUUACCAUUCAGAAGUGGUAGCGAUUUUCUAUCUAUGGUUUUUUAGAGUAUGUUUGGCAGACUUUAAUUUUCCUGUUUAUUCUUUACCUUCUUCCUCUUGGAGUAACAGAUAAAGAAUUUUAGAAACAAUUUUCUAAAAGAAUGUUGUUUAUGUUUAUGUCAAGUAAAAUUUCUAAACAAGGAUUCACCAAACUAAGCAUUUUAGGCAGAAUUCCUUACAGGUUACUAACUAGGGGCAGAAGGGGGAAAUACCAGGAAACACUUUAUAAACGUUAAUGAAGACAGAAUAAAGAAAGGACAGAAUCACUUUAGCACUAAGAACAUGAAAAUAUUGAGACACAACUAGGCAUACUUUUCUUAUUUGUUAUUCCUUUAUUUUUCCCAUUUUUUUCCUUAGUUAGCUUUUUGAAGUAUUUGCUAAAAACACACAAAUUGCUUUCUUGUCCAGAAGUAAAGCAUCACUUCAAGGAGUGGGUGUUUGACAUUUCCUUUCUGUGGCACAAACCCCAGCUUAUUCUUGGAGUACAUAAUGAACUUUCUUGAGGUGCAUUAACUCUUAGCCAGAGUGGUACUCGCUACACUAGGUCAGAGGGGUCAUAAACUUUACUAAAGGACCAGAGAGUAAAUCUUUUAGGUCUCUGUCAUAACCAUGCAGCUCCGUUACUGUUGGUAGUGUUGGGAGCGUCUAUAGGCUAUACAGAAACAAACCUGAUAAUGUUCUAAUAAAAUUUUUAUUUACAAAAAUAGAUGACAGAUCAGAUGUAGAUCCUAGACUAUAAGCGCCUGCACUAGAGAGACUUUUAUUUGUGGAAAAAUCAUGUUUGGAUGUGUACUCUCAUUUUCUGAAAGAAUUUAGAAGCUUCCGAAAAGCUCCUAACUUAUAUCCAAAGAAUUGUUUUCAGAUUCAUGUGGUUUCUCCCCCAGAUUUUGAAGCUUUUAUGUAGGUAUGUAUUUUUGUCUUUGCUAGUUAAGAAUUGGGACAUUUAUUUUAUCUCUUAGGGUGCAGUAGAAAUGUCCUUUUUGGAACUUGAGAAAGGAGUGUAUAUGAUUACAAAAGUCCAGUCCAGAACAACCUAGAGUCUGAGUCCUCAUAAUAUAUGACUUUUUAUGAUCAAUUCAAAGAAUAGAAUCACUGAUGUAGUAUCAGUUUUUUAAGUGGCAAAUGUGGUUUCUCUUUUCUUAGCCUUUGUGUUUUUUCAAUAUUUUGACCAUAGAGAGAUUUUCUUUUUUCUUUUUUUUUAAUAAUACAAAAAUUAAUUAACCACUUUGAAUUUUAAAGAUGUCAUCUGUGUAUCAGUAUUUCUAUUUCCUAAAAAGUAUCUUUGUUCAACUUGUAUCAACUCCUAUUUUCUAAUUGCUGUGAAAAUAGCAACUGUUGAUCUAUUAUUGUGACUGUUUUAAAAAUGUAAUAGGGAAGAUACAUUUUGGUUUUACUUAGCUUUAAUCUGUCAUGUAUCAUUAAAUGUAUGUGAUAGCAACACUUAAAAUAUUGUAAGGGAAUUACUUUUCUGUCACCCAUAGGCAUUUGUACAGUUUUGUGACAACAAACUGGCUAUAUCUUAAUUCCUGAUGAUUGGACUGAAAAUCAGAGAACUGAAACUUAAUUCAACUUUUUAAAUUUUAUUUUCUAUCCUCAAAGUACAACUGAUGCCUAUAAUUUGAAAUGUUAUUGUUCUUUCUCUUUAUACAUCCUAUCAGAAAUUCCUAAAAUUGUUAGUGCCAUCAGUGAUUUACCAAACAGUAUUUUGAUACUGCAGAUGAUUUGCUCAUUGUAUUUGCCUAGUCAGAAAAAAAAAAAAUAGUUUGUAGACAAUGAUUCUUUUUUAAUAAAAUGAAAUAAAAUUCUGAAAGCACUAGAGAAUUCAACUAAAGGCUGGUUCCCAAAUGCAUAGCUGGUAUUUUAAUUUGUUUAAAUUAUACUUAGAGAACAUCUGUGUAAAUCAUCUUGCUGGAUUUUCCCAUUGGUCAUUGUCAAACAUGUAUGGUCUUCAAAUCCUUUAUUGUGAGAAACACCUGGUACUGUAACCUUUUAUGAAGUUUGUCUUUAAGUGGUCCGUGUACUUAUGUUUUUCUGUUUUAAAAGUUUGCCUCUUCCUAAAUGCUAUUUACUUUGAGUGGAAGGGAGGCUCUGGUAAGUGCUGCAUCCGCAUACCUGCUGUGUCCACACAGUUGCCAUGUGGUGCCAGCUGAACUGCUCACAGGCAGUCUUCUGAGGGGAAAGGCAGCCUGGUUUCCAAUGCACAGCCAACUGAGCUCCUCCAGGGUGAAGCUUGCUUUUUUGAUUUCCUGAAAUGGGAAUUUUAGGAACUAAAAUAAGUGGUCCUUUAGUUAGAUGUAUCCUAUAAUUUAAGUUCAUGCAGCUUUGUGACCUUUGUAGUACUAUUUGUAAAAUGGCCUUGAUGGUGGUAAUCUCUUUAAAAUACAUUACUGGUAAGCCUAUGAGAAGUCUUGGUGCAAUCUAUCUGGUUGUUUUUAGACAGAUUUUGUAGCUUUCUAUCAAGAGGUAUAUGAGCAUCUCUAAAGCAGUGUUGGAUGUAACCUAGAGAAACAUGGAUUGUCUAUUUCAACUUUUAUUUAAUAGACAGUGAUUCAGUGCCUUUUCCUCCUCCCAAUCCUGUUGGAAGAUGCUCAUUACUUUCUGUCUUUUUCUCUUUUUCUUUUAUCCCCUUAUCCUGCCCUCUCUUAUCUUCCAGUUGAUUCAUUUAUGCAAGACUGUUUCCAAUUUGAAACCAUUUUGUCUCAUCUGUUGGAGAGAUAAUAAUCAGUCCUUUUCCUCAACACUCUGCCAGCUUUCUGUUGUUCAAGUGUUUCAGUUGACUACCUGAUGCAAAAACUACAAAAUAAACACUCAAUGGGAAAGGGGGAAAUGG